CUUCCCCUUACUUCCUGUAUCCUGUUUUUCGUCCAUAUUCUCUGCUUUUCUUUCUUUAUUCUUUCUUUCACAUCUUUCACCCGCUCCUCAUUGGCUGCUUUUCCUCCGCUUGAGAAAAUGCUUCCUUGCCUGUUUCCACCUCGUCCGCAGCCACAGUAAUUAAUUUGAUGGACUCCCCACUUCCCAGAUUCUCUUCAGCUCCUGCUCCCGCUCCUUGGCCUGGCUGUUUCGGGGGCCCCUGCUGCUUGCCGCCGCCCGUGCUGCCCGCCAGUCCUCCUCCUCCAGCCUCAGGCUGCCCCGGGCUUCCUCCCCUUGUCUUCUUCCUCUUCCUACCUGCAAAUACCGGGAAUUCUUAAAAACUAGUCUUCCAAUGCAAGGCGAGGAAAUUUGGGGCCGGAGGUGGCCUGCAGGCAGGCUGGAUGCUGCGCUCUCUCGUGGGACGUGUCCGCUGCAGACGCAUCGGCUCUCCCACACCUGCAGCCCUUGGAUUCAAGCCCUGCAGCGGAAUGCUCUGGAGAGGCUUCUCCGGACCUUCCCUGAUGGAGGAUCUCCAUGAAGCAAAUGGCAGGUUUGCCAUCAACUUAUUAAAAAUGUUGGGUGAAGAGGACAGCUCCCGAAAUGUGUUCUUUUCCCCUCUGAGCAUCUCUUCUGCCCUGGCCAUGGUCUUCAUGGGGGCCAAAGGAAACACCGCCACCCAGAUGUCCCAGGCGCUUUGUUUGAACAGAGACAGAGAUAUUCACCAAGGUUUCUGGUCACUUCUCACGGAGGUUAACAAAUCUUGCACUCAGUACUUGCUCAGAACUGCCAACAGACUCUUUGGAGAGAAGACAUGUGAUUUCCUUCCUCCCUUUAGGGAAUCCUGCCAGAAGUUCUACGAGGCCGAGCUGGAAGAGCUGUCCUUUGCUGAAGACACGGAAGAAUGCCGGAGGCACAUAAAUGACUGGGUGACGGAGAGGACGGAGGGAGGACGGCCUCACCCAUUUACAGGUAAGAUUUCGGAGAUUCUCGGUGCUGGGACAGUUGAUCCACUGACUAAGCUGGUUCUCGUGAAUGCCAUCUAUUUCAAAGGAAAGUGGAAUGAGCAGUUUGACAGAAAGUACACAAGGGGGAUGCCCUUCACAAUCAACCAGGAGAAAAAGACCGUGCAGAUGAUGUUUAAGCUCGCUAAAUUUAACCUGGGUUAUGCGGAUGAGGUGCACGCUCAGGUGCUGGAGCUGCCAUACGCGGGGCAGGAGCUGAGCAUGGUCAUCGUGCUUCCGGAUGACAACGCCGAUCUCGCCGUGGUGGAAAAAGCACUAACAUACGAGAAGUUCAGAGCCUGGACAAAUCCAGAAAAGAUGACUAAGGAUAAAGUUCACGUUUUCCUCCCCCGAUUGAAGCUGGAGGAGAGUUAUGACUUGGAGUCUUUUCUUCGAAGUUUAGGUAUGACUGAUGCGUUUGAGGAAGCCAAGGCAGACUUUUCCGGAAUGUCGGCGAAGAAGAAUGUGCCCGUGUCCAAGGUGGCACACAAGUGCUUUGUAGAGGUGAAUGAAGAGGGCACUGAGGCGGCGGGGGCCACAGCCGUGGUCAGGAAUGCUCGGUGCAGCAGACCCGAACCAAGAUUUUGUGCAGACCACCCUUUCCUCUUCUUUAUCACACACCACAACACCAAGAGCAUUUUGUUCUGUGGCAGGUUCUGCUCCCCAUAAGGAGGUGCACUUGCUGUAAACACACUCCUUUCACUUCUGCCCACCUGCCUUAAUGCAGAUUCCUGUGACCAAACUGGUGUGGUGGUUUGAAUGCCCAAAUAAAGCGUGUGUGCCUGGGAAGUCUGUGUGAACGUCCUGACUGAAUAUUCCACGGCCGCUGAGAAAACUGAGGCAUCACACGUGUGCAGUUUGGGGCUGAGAAAGCUGUGCUUGUUCGGGGGGUUCGGGCAGCUCCUCUUUCUCAUCGACUCUGCCCUCACCUGCCUAUCAGAGGAUGGCCUGCUCCUCAGCGUCUGUUCUCACUGUUUGUGGGCGUCUCGAGGAGCAUGUGAGGGAUUCACAAACCAGCCCUUCCUAUGCGUUCCCAUCCUGCAGUGACCUCAGGGCUCUGCCCACUUCCCCUGCCGGCUUCCCGAGGAGAGGCCAGAGCCCAGCGCCACUGCACACACCAGAGGCGAAUGCCACGGAGUAAAGCCUGCCAGGCUCAUAGACAGCUGAGAUGAAGUGCCUCUGCCCUGUCAGGAUCACACAGACUGCCCUGCAUGUCCCACGUCUCACACAGGCCCUCAUGAAGACAACUCCUUCACAUCUUCUUGCCAUAAACCUUCAGGCCUGUGCUAGGAGACCGAGGUCUGAAUGUGCCAGGUAGUCUCCUCCAUUCCCUUUUCAUCUGAAGCUCCCCCUACCCCGCCCCCGGGACCUUCAUGUGAAGGAACUGUCAGGACAGCAUCCCUCUACUUAACCACAUAUGCCCACGUGUGGCUCCAGCACAUCGUGCUUAUGCACAGCCCUCCCUACAGUAUUUUUUUGACUUAAAAAAGGAUUUGUAUUGUGGUAGCAACUUGGAAACUAUUGAAAAGUACCAGAGAAGGCUGAAGUCACCCACAAUUUUACCACUAUGAAAUCACUAUUUUUUUUUUUAAAGAUUUUAUUUAUUUGACAGAGCACAAGCAUGGGGAGAAGCAGGCUCCCCACUGAGCGGGGAGCCCGGUGCAGGACUCGAUCCCAGGACCCGGAGAUCAUGACCUGAGCCGAAGGCAGAUGCUUAACAACUGAGCCACCCAGGCGCCCCUGAAAUCCCUAUCAAUGAAGUAUAUCCUUCCCUAUUCUAUGUAUGCAAAUACAAACUUACAAACAUUUUAGCACAAGUUAAUCAUAGACUUCUGUAGCUAUUUCUACCCUUACUUGCCAUAAACUCUCCUCAAGAUAAUUAUGUCAUCAAUUUGAUGUGUCAAAUAGUAUGACUCUCUAUAUUUUCUAUUAUUGGAUCCACUUUUAGACAAUUUAGGUAAUUAAAAUUAUAUACUCUUAUGAAUGUACUAAAUAUUUGCUCACAUCCUUCACAUUUUAAAAGAAAUAUUCAUAAUAAUGGUACUGUCAAGAUAAAAGUUGGGCACAUUUUCACCAGUUCUUCCAAAUUGGUCUCCAGAAAGUUGUCCUGAUUUAUAACCGCCCCCUCCCCCGCCCCAAAA